GGGAAUUCGUGUAAAUCGGUUUGUGUUUACAUGGGGCUGGGAGGACGGAGGGGAAAUGAGAAGGACGCACAAAGACCAAAGUUAGUGGAUAAAAGGAGGGAGCAGAACCUGGAUCCACAUUGACAGCAGGUCAGGAUCAGUUUGGAGGAUGAGGAGGACUCACCUGCUGCUGCUGGCCUCUCUGGCCUUUGCCUCUCUGACUUCUCUUGCUGCUGGAGCUCCAAUCAAAGUCUUGUCUGCUCCCAACUUACUGCGAGUUGGAACAGCGGAAAAUGUUUUUAUAGAAUGUCAAGGCUGCAGCGGAGCCGCCAUUAACGUCGAGAUCAAAGUGAUGAGCCAUCCGACCAAAACCACAGAGCUGGUCAAGACAUCUGUGACCCUUAACAACGAAAACAACUUCCAGAAUCUUGGAAAAAUAACAAUCCCACCUGGAGACUUUAGCAGGGACCCCACUAUGAAACAAUAUGUUUACCUGCAAGCUAAGUUUCCUGACAGAGAGCUGGAGAAAGUCGUCCUGGUGUCCUUCCAGUCUGGAUACAUCUUCAUACAGACUGACAAGACCCUGUACACUCCCAACAGCAAAGUUUAUUACAGGAUGUUUGCUUUGACGCCACAAAUGACGCCUGUGGAAAAAGACGAGCGAAGCCAAACUGAAGCAUCUAUUUCCAUUGAGAUUGUGACCCCUGAUGACAUCAUUAUACCACUUGAUUCGGUCUCUCUAAAAAACGGUAUGCACUCUGGAGAUUAUAAACUUGCUGAAAUUGUUAGUCCUGGACUGUGGAAAGUGGUGGCAAAGUUCCAAAGCAACCCACAGCAAAGCUACUCUGCAGAGUUUGAGGUCAAAGAAUAUGUGCUUCCUAGUUUUGAAGUUAAACUGAUACCUGAUUCGCCCUUCUUCUACGUGGACAGUGAGGAGUUUACUGUCAACAUUAAAGCUACGUAUCUGUUUGGAAAAGAAGUUGAUGGGACGGCCUAUGUUGUGUUUGGAAUUAUGGAGAACGGUGUGAAGAAGAGCCUCCCUCACUCUCUGUCAAGAGUGUCGGUCCAGAAUGGAGAAGGACGGGUCAAACUGAAAAGGGACCAGAUCACUCAGACUUUUAAAGAUAUUAAUGGUCUUGUGGGGAGCUCCAUAUAUGUGGCUGUCAGUGUGCUGACAGAGAGCGGAAGUGAAAUGGUGGAGGCGGAGUUAAGAGGCAUCCAGAUCGUCACAUCACCCUACAGAAUCUCUUUCAAAAAAACACCUAAAUAUUUCAAACCUGGAAUGUCCUUUGACGUUGCGAUUGAAGUGGUGAAUCCUGAUGACAGUCCAGCUGAUGGUAUCCCAGUGGUGAUCCAUCCUGGUGACGUGAGGGGCUUUACAGCACCCAAUGGCAUGGCGAGACUUACCGUCAAUACACAAGCAACGUAUGCUUCGCUGCAAAUCACUGCAAAAACAAAUCAUGAUCAGAUUUCAAAUGACAGACAAGCAUCAGCUCAAAUGACAGCUAUCCCUUAUGCUACGAACAGCAAGAGUUACAUUCAUAUAGGUGUGGAUACAGCUGAGGUGAAAGUUGGAGACAACCUGAAAAUUAACCUCAACCUUAAUAAGCAGCCAGGUCAACCAAAGGACAUCACGUACCUGAUCACAAGCAGAGGCCAGCUGGUGAAGUUUAAGCGUCACAAAACAGAAGGCCAAACGCUUAUUUCCCUCAUACUUCCUGUCACCAAAGAGAUGUUACCAUCAUUCCGCAUCAUAGCCUACUACCAUCCAACGGAUAAUGAAGUGGUGUCAGACUCAGUUUGGGUGGAUGUAAAAGACUCCUGCAUGGGAUCGUUGACUUUGGAAUCAGCAAGAGCAGUUCCCUCCUAUGAGCCUCGCAAGAUGUUUAGUCUGAGAGUCACAGGAGAUCCUGGUGCCACAGUGGGACUCGUCGCAGUGGACAAAGGAGUCUAUGUUUUAAAUAAUAAGCAUCGUCUCACCCAGAAAAAGGUGUGGGACAUCGUGGAAAAGUACGACAUCGGCUGCACACCUGGUGGAGGAAGCAACAGUAUGAACGUGUUCUUUGAUGCUGGGCUGAUGUUUGAGUCCAGUACUGCUUCAGGAACUCCCUACAGACAAGAAUUGAAAUGUAAAACAACAGCCAGACGGAAGCGCGCCACAACUAUAAUGGAAGUCAGAACCACCCUGUUGAGCCAAUAUCAGAACAAUGAAAUGCAGCGUCAAUGUUGUUUGGAUGGCAUAAAGGAAAUCCCACUUUCAUACACGUGCGAGCGGAGAGCAGAGUACAUUCUGGAUGGUCAAGUCUGUGUCGAUGCCUUCCUGAACUGCUGCAAGGAGAUGAAACAACAGAUAAUUGAUAAGAAAGAAGAAACGUUUAAAUUAGCUCGCAGUGAGGAAGAUGAAAGUUACAUGGACAGCAAUGAAAUAGUUUCUCGUACCAACUUUCCUGAAAGUUGGCUGUGGUCUGACAUCACUCUUCCAGCUUGCGCUCAACCCAACUGUGGGUCCACAUCGCUGGUGAAAAAUGUUCCUUUGCAAGACUCGAUCACAACCUGGCAGUUCACUGGCAUCAGCCUGUCACAAACACUUGGCAUCUGUAUCGGUGAGCCGUUGGAGGUAAUUGUCCGUAAGGAAUUCUUCAUUGAUCUCCGGUUGCCUUAUUCUGCUGUUCGAGGGGAGCAGCUAGAAAUCAAAGCAAUCCUCCACAACUACAGCCCUGAUCCCAUCACUGUUCGUGUGUUCCUGAUAGAAGAAGAGAACAUUUGCAGUGUAGCCUCUAAACGAGGAAAGUACAAAGUGGAGGUCAAUGUUGGAGCACACAGCACACGCUCCGUGCCCUUCAUCAUUAUUCCCAUGAAGGACGGUGAACGCAGCAUUGAGGUCAAAGCAUCUGUUAAGGACUCAUCACUCAAUGAUGGCAUUGCGAAGAAGCUGCGGGUGGUGCCUGAAGGUGUUUUGAUUAACUCUCCUCAGAUUUUAACUAUAGAUCCAGUUACAAGAGGGCAAAAUGGCAAACAGGAGGUAAUAAUGAACAGCAACAUCCCCAAGAGUGAUUUGAUACCAAAUUCACCAACGAGCACGCAGGUGUCUGUGACAGGAAGAGAACAAGUGUCCGGAUUGGUGGAAAACGCCAUCAGUGGAAAUUCGAUGGGUACACUGAUUCAAGCACCUGGAGGCUGUGGCGAACAGAACAUGAUCUACACAACCCUGCCGGUCAUUGCAACCAGAUAUUUGGACAAAACCAACCAGUGGGAAGCUGUAGGCUUCCAGAAACGAGCUGAAGCCAUAGAGCACAUAAAAACUGGCUACAAAAAUGAGUUGGCGUACAGAAAGAGUGAUGGGUCUUUUGCAGUAUGGAGUCAUCACCCAAGUAGCAGCUGGUUGACAGCAUAUGUUGCCAAAGUGUUUGCUAUUGCUAACAGCUUGGUGGCAGUGCAGAAUGAUCAUAUCUGUGGUGCUGUGAAGUUUCUGAUUCUCAAUGCUCAGCAGCCUGAUGGCAUGUUUAGAGAAGUGGGAAAUGUAAUCCAUGGAGAGAUGAUUGGUGAUGUGCGCGGCAAAGAUUCAGAUGCUUCCAUGACGGCCUUUUGCCUCAUCGCCAUGCAAGAGUCACGUACAAUAUGUGCUGGAACUGUUGGUAGUCUUCCUUCCAGUAUAGAAAAAUCAGUCAGCUAUCUGGAGAAGCGUCUGCCCUCUCUCACCAAUCCUUAUGCUGUUGCCAUGACAUCAUAUGCCCUGGCCAAUGAAAACAAACUGAACCGGGAAAUCCUCUACAAGUUUGCUUCUUCUGAGUUUUCCCACUGGCCUGUUCCUGGAAACCACCAGUUCACACUAGAGGCAACAGCUUAUGCUCUUCUGGCUCUCGUCAAGGCAAAGGCCUUUGAAGAUGCAAGACCAGUCGUUAGAUGGUUCACCAAACAACAAAAAGUUGGUGGAGGCUAUGGAUCAACUCAGGCUACUAUCAUGGUGUACCAGGCUGUAGCAGAGUAUUGGGCCAAUGCUAAAGAACCGGACUAUAAUCUGAAUGUGGACAUCUUGUUGCCGGGCAGAGCAGCACCUGAUAAGUACAACUUUAACAGAGAAAACCACUAUGCCACAAGAACAUCUAAAAUUAAUGACAUAAACCAAAAUGUGAAAGUGACUGCCACAGGAACAGGGGAAGCAACCGUAAAAAUGGUGUCGCUGUAUUACGCUAUUCCUAAAGUACAGGAAAGUGACUGCCAGAAGUUUAAUAUGACAGUGGAGUUAAUCCCAGAGAAAAUGACUGACGACGAAAAGACAUACAAACUUAAAAUAGAGGUUUUGUAUCUGAACAAGGAAAGAGACUCCACCAUGUCAAUUUUAGACAUUGGCUUGCUAACUGGCUUCACAGUUAACACGAACGACCUGGACUUGUUGUCUAAAGGACCUGCCCGCACCAUCGACAGAUAUGAGAUGAACACUGUCUUGUCAGAGAGAGGCUCUCUUAUCAUCUACUUGGACAAAAUUUCUCACAGGAGACCGGAUGAGAUUGCAUUCAGGGUUCAUCAAACAUUAAAAGUGGGCAUCUUACAACCAGCAACCAUAUCUGUUUAUGAAUAUUAUGAAAGAACACCUUGUGUGAAAUUCUACCAUCCAGAGAGAAGGGCUGGACACUUGCUGCAGCUCUGUAGAGGUGACGAAUGCACGUGUGCAGAAGAGAACUGCAGUAUGCAGAAGAGCGGCAACAUUAACAAUGAUGAGCGGACAGCUAAGAUUUGUGAAAGCACAGAGAUCAGUAAAAUUGAAUAUGCCUACAAAGUUAUGGUGGAAGGCAUUGAAGUUGGAUUGUCUACAGACUCUUACAUCAUGCGGAUAGUUGAGGUCAUCAAGCAAGGAAACACUGAUGUCGGUGCUACUGGUAAAUUGCGCACAUUCCUGAGUUAUCAGCACUGCAGAGAAGCUUUAAAUCUAAGAAAGGGGAAAACGUACCUUAUUAUGGGCUCAUCCAAAGAUACUCACAUAGAUGACAAACAUAACACGUUUCAGUACGUGCUCGGGGAGAGAACCUGGGUUGAGUACUGGCCAACAUCCGGAGAGUGUCAGGACGCUCAAUACCGACCCACAUGUUUGGGCAUGGAGGAGAUGGUUGAUCAAUACGUUAACUUCGCAUGUCAGCAAUAAAUAAAUUCAAGAAAACAAAUGAUUUUAUUUUUAUUUUGAUUUAUAUUCAUACAACAUUAACUGUUCGCAUGUGAGGAUGUAAAAGUGGCUAAAUAAAACUGUUAUAACUGAAAUGCAAUGUUGCUUUUUGUUUCAAAUACUUUUAUGUGAGGUUUCGUCCCUGUCCCGCAUGCUUUGAAC